UGGAAGAAGCGGGACAUGGCGGGACGUCAGUCACUCCCGACGCCGCUCCGUUCCCGCCGCCUGAGGCCGGCUACGGGCGGGGUCAGCCCCAGCACCGCCCCGGCAGCGGGAGGGGAGGGCUCGCUAGGAGGGAGCACCGCGAUGGCGCCGCUGCUGCUGCUGCUCCUGCCGCUGCUGUCCGCGGCCGCCGCCGCCUACCUAUGCUGCGGGCGGCGGCACACGGGCAGCGCGGCGGCCGUGCUGCACCGCCGGGGGCCGCGCCAGGCCGGGCCGCCGGGCCCGCCCCGGGACACCUGGGCUCCGAGGCUGUGCGGCGCCGGGCUGCGCCUCUUCGUCCAUGUGGCUAACACGGCUUUUGGGCAGAUCUGCUUACUGCCGUUCUUAAUGAGAAUGAACAACUUCUUGCUUAUGCGUUCCCUUGACAUUCAUGAAGAUCCCACGUUUAUCCCAGAGGUUGCUGCAGGGGUUACAGAAGACAAGUCUGAAGCUGAAAGCCCUUCAGAUGUUAUCAAGCAGCUGACAGAUGCAAGGUCUGAUUCUGCUAGGAGCGGGUUUAGCUUCAAAGGGAUCAAGGACUACCUGGAAUGCUACCGGAGUGGGAAGCUGACACCAACCCAGGUAGCCAAGAACAUCAUUGCCAUGUUGGAGGACUGUGACAAAUCCACGCCACCGCUCAGAGCCAUAGUACAAUGGGACCAGGAGCAAAUAAUGCUGAUGGCGGAGGCCUCCACCACUCGUUACAGGAAUAAGUGUACCCUGUCUUGUCUGGAUGGCAUCCCAGUGUGCCUGAAAGAAGAGUUCAAAGUGGUACCUUACCAUCACCGAGUGGGAACAGUGUAUCUUGGGACACAGCCAGAAACAGAAGAUGCUACUGUGGCCAAGAAGCUGCGAGAGGCUGGGGCUAUCAUUAUUGGGGUCUCAAACAUGCAUGAACUAGGGACUGGAACAACUGGAUGUAACCCUAAUAGGUACCACAAGAUCCCUAGGAAUCCCUACAAUCCUAACCACUUCACAGGUGGGAGCUCCAGUGGGUCAGCAGCAGCUGUAGCAGCAGGUCUCUGCCCCGUGGCUAUUGGCACAGAUGGAGGAGGCUCUGUGAGGAUUCCUGCUUCGUUCUGUGGUGUGGUGGGGCUGAAAGGUACAUUUGGGCGCAUCAGUUGUCACGGCAGCUUGCCACUCUCCUACUCCACAGUCAGUGUAGGCCCUAUCUGUACAUCAGUGGCCGAUGCAGCCAUUGUUUACAGUAUCCUUGCUGAGCCAGAUCUGCUCUAUCCAUAUGGACUAAAACAGCCCAGAGCAACCCUAUCUGAUAUGUGUGCCCCUGACCUGAAAGGCUUAAAACUGGGAGUGGACUGGACAUUUUUCAAGGCAUGUGAUGCUGAAGUCCUGUCUGCCUGUGAGAAAGCGGUGAAGCACCUGCAGAGUUUGGGAGCCAGUGUGGUUGAAGUCUCUCUUCCAGAGAUGGAGGAAGCCCGAGUGGCACAUGUGAUCUGCAUUCUCAGUGAGAUGAGGGACUUCCUGCAACCCGACUUCAAUAAACAUUUCCAUGAAAUGAAUUUGGAAACUCGGGCUAGUCUGGCCUUGGCUUGCCAGUUCACAGCUCUGGAUUAUAUUAAGGCAAAUCGACAGAGAACUCGGAGUAUGAGAUUUUUGCAAGAGAUCUUCAGCACUGUGAACUGUAUCCUUACACCAGGUGUUCCUUGCACUGCUCCAAGAAUUUAUGAAUCUGACCUCUUGACUGGGAGCAGCGAUAUGUCCCUCACAGUCCGGUCCAUGAGGUUCAUGCAGCUUGGUAACUUCACUGGGAUUCCAGGUCUUGUGGUCCCCAUUGGAUAUUCUACUGCUGGGCUUCCGAUUAGCCUCCAGGUCAUGGCAAAAUGGUGGGAUGAAGCUGUUCUUCUGAGGAUCGGCCUAAAGCUAGAGCAGUUCCGUGACCAGACCAAAAAACCAUCCAUUUAUUAUGACAUCCUCGCAUGAUGGAGCAACCAAGAUGGGGAACAAGACUGUUGUUUUCCUAGUCUGACCAAGUAUUAGAGUGAACUUGUUUUCAGUGAUCAUCAGAAUAAGGCAUAAUAGCAGGCCCAUCUGAGGAAUGGGGACAAACCACUGACCUAAUCAGGCACUGAGGCUGAGCAGACAUAAUUUCUGCUCCCUCCUUGGUGGAUGGUCCAGACUAUACUAGGGAGACUGUGCUAGCUAGUUCGGUUUUUGCCAACAGGGGAAGCUGCAACUAUCUUCUACAAUUUCUUCCCAUGUAGGGGUCCUGUGUAUGGGUGGAAGGCAGUUGCAUCUGCAGGACUGCAUGUAGGCAGUUCAUAAUACUGGGCAAGGUACAUUCUUAACCUUGUCAUGGAACUUCUCCUCCUCCAGGACAGAACAAAGGUACUGUUUCUGAAGGGGAAAGGCAGCAAACAAUGCCUCGCACCCUUGGAAUGAGGAGGAUCUUGACCCACCUGCACUUAGGCAGUGUUUGUUUUGGCUCUGUUCUCAGGCACUGGGAGCAAACCAUAAAGCCUGUAGCUAAGGAGGUGCUGCCAACAGCGCAAGGUCAGCCCAAUGGCUGCAGAGUGACUGGGUGGGCUCUCUGCUCCAGAGUCCUGCCUCCCUUCCAGCCUGGCAUGCAAGGGGAGGAAAAGCCACACCAUGAACCCUCCUUGACUCCACCCCAAAGCCCUGGUGCAGUGUUUUGGCUUUCUUUUCACAUCUCCAUUUCCUAAGCUAAGCCUUGAAGACCCUCUUUUCUCCUGCUGGUUGCUUAUAUAUAAGCCUACUAUCAAAUGGAAGAAACCACUGGAUAAUGCUAUGAAAUACUGUUGAAGGGGGGCUGAGCCAGCUAUUAGAAACAGGUGGAAUUUGUAGGAAAUGCUACUGAGCUACUGCAAAAUUGAAGCUGGAUGCAAGAAGGGUGUUGCACAAAGAGCAAAAGAGCAUAUACAGCAAAGAGCCUGCUCUAGAUAAGAAGCCAACCUUCUCUUAUCUUUAAAUUACUUCCUAAAGUAAUCAAGGUAGACAUGGAUUACUACAUACAGCAUGACAUGGCUGUAAGCCACCAUGUUGUUUUAUUGAAAGGCUCCAGACUGUAAAUUCCAUAGUACCUUUGUCCUGCCAGCAACAUUAGGGCCAUGUGAAAGGAAAGGCUUAGGAAUAACUAAACCUAAGCAUUUGUGCUCAUUUUGGGUGAAUGCUCAGAGGCAUCUCCUGUUGUCUACCUUGUAAGGCAUCCUGGAAUUGUGAUCAGGCUGCUGGAGCAGCUGUCCUACAGACAGCAGAAAUCACUGUAUUGUUAUGUAGCUAGGAAUGAAAGAAGAAAUAGAAAGUAGUUGCAGUUUCUCCCAAACUCAGUACUAUUUUGGGAUUUCUUUUUCCCAUACCUACAUACUCCUUAACCAGAGCUAGCACUUUACUAAUGGCUGAAGAUGUCAGAUGGCAUCUGAAUCCAAGAACAUUGCAUUGCUGUCCCCUGCUCAAUUACCUGAGUUAAAACAUCAGCUCCUACCAUCAUCUGUCACCAGCAUGCCCAGUUAAUUGCAUGGUUGAUAAUGCUUUUUAUCUUGAAUGGGAUACUGCCACAACUGUUUUUUCACUGGAGUCUAGUAUAGCUCAGCAUUAGGAAGAACGGUCUCAAAGCAAGGUAUUUCCUAUAUUAUUAAUAAGUUAUAAACACUACCAACAUAAAUGACAAUGAAACUGCUGAAAUGUACUGCUUAGAAAUAAGGGAGUUGGUAAGAAUUUCACAGGAAUAAAUUUCAGCUGGAACGUUACUGCUUGAAGGAAAUAACUGAAUAUUUCUUAAUUCAAAGGUAUUACUCAAGCAAUUAAGAGAUGAGUAUCUAAAAUAUUCAGUUACAAUCCUGCUAGAUAAAGCUAUUUAUUUCAAAUCCUUUCCUAAAUGCCACACUACCCUAAAAUUCUAAUUUCAAUAUUUAGUUCAUUCUGUGGGCAUAGUGAGGGAGCUCAGGUUGCUAGCAGGAGAGGCUAAAGUAAACAGUUAUUUUAAAAAAAUACCUGCAUCCUCCUAACAGUGGGAAUAAGAAAGAACUGAGUUUUUACUGGCUGACAGUAACACUGCUUCCUCCCUUUGCCUAAACAUAUCUCAUCAAUGCACAUUUCCACUGCAAGAAUUUCCUAGUACUGAGGUCACUAAAAUAAACUUUGCUCAUCCUGGUGAAA